AAGCAAGAUUCACAAGCACAACUAAAAGGUCUACGCAAGAAUGUGCAAUCCGCUCGUGAUAUUAUGCAACUUGAAGAGCUCAAAUGUCGUAAACGUGUCUUGCGACGGAUGGGAUUUGCCAGUAGCGACGACGUUGUGGAAAUGAAAGGACGGGUGGCUUGUGAAAUAAGCUCAGGGGACGAGCUUUUGCUCACAGAGAUGAUCUUUGAAGGGAUUUUCAAUGCACUCUCGCCCGAACAUGAGAAACAGAUCAAGAUGACUGCAGAGUUGGCAGGUCCUUUGGCUUCGAUGCAGAAUAUAGCACGUAGGAUCGCUCAAAUAUCCAAGGAAUCAAAGUUGGAGCUCGUAGAAGACCAAUAUGUAGCUCAAUUCAAGGUCGAAUUGAUGGAUGCACUGACUGAUCAGUAUGAGGGGACAAUCAUUAGAACAUUUCGUCGCCUCCAAGAGCUGCUUCGACAAAUGACCGCCGCCGCGAAAGCCAUAGGGAAUAAUGAGCUAGAAAAGAAGUUUAUUGAUGCGCUCGCCCUUCUCGAGCGCCAGAACUCU